AUGCUGGGUCGACGGCGCCAACACCACGGGCGGACGCCCACGGCGGAGCCCACGGCGGUGCCCACGGCGGUGCCCACGGCUAAGCCUACGAGCGAGCCUACGGCCAAGCCCACGUACCCGUCGAACUACGAACUCACCUGCCGUAGAAAGUGCCUCAACUACGGGCAGACUGCCGCCUUCUGCGACAGUCUCGCCGUGAAGUGCGGGAACUAUGAGUCGCCCCUCCAGAACUGCUUCAACCCGGACCCAAACCUCGUCGACAGCGAGUGUGUGACCAGGGGCCCCAACUCUUGUAUCAACCUGGCGGGCGGGGCCAACAACCAGAAGGGCCCUUGCAACUAUCACUGGGACGGAUAUCUCGCGCCCACGGCCGAGCCUACAGCGGAGCCCACGACCGAGCCCACGGCCGACACUGUGGAGCCCGAAGGCGGGCCUACGGCUCAGCUCACGGCCGAGCCCACAAGUAGUCCUACGACUUCGACGACGACGCACACGACGCAGCCUCCGCCCGAGCCUACGGCCGAGCCCACGGCCGAGCCUACGGCUGAGCCUACGGCUGAGCCGACGGCCGAGCCGACAGUCGGGCCUACGGCCGGGCCGACGCCGCGACCGACGGCGCAACCCACGGUGGAGCCGACGUGCGCACCCGGCGAGGUCAAGUCGUGGUCGCUGACCUGGACCGAGAAGUUCUCCGGAGACACGCAGUGGAAGGCGCUGGCGGCGAGCGAGGACUUUGGAACCCUCGCGUCGGCGGGCGCGUCGACCUAUGUCGCCGUGUCAAACGACGGCGGAGAGAACUGGUCGCAGAACGGCAACCAGGGCAGCUACGAUGCAGUCGCGGCGAGCGCGAGCGGCCAGAAGCUGGUUGCUCUGGACUACGCUCUGAAGAGCGGCAUCUGGGUGUCCAAUGACUGGGGCGCGACGUGGGCCAAGGCCGCGGGGCAGCCCGAGCCGACGUCGCAGAUCGACUGGCGCGGGGUCGCCUCGAGCGCCGACGGCAUGAAGCUCGUGGCGGUCGCCGACUACGGCGACAUCUGGCUCUCGCCGGACGCCGGCGCGUCGUGGACGAAGAAGGAACUCGAGUCGCGCCACCACAGGUGGCUCGACGUGGCAUCGAGCGCAGACGGCACCCGGCUCGUCGCGGUGACGGGCACGGGCUUUUCCAACGACGGAAGCGUCUGGUACUCCGCCGAUUCGGGCAACGCCUGGACCAAGGUGUUGCCGGGCGGGACCACUCGGAGCUUCUGGGCCGUCGCCUCGAGCAGUGACGGCCUCACGAUCGCCGCCCCCGAGUACAACGGCAACAUCUGGAUCUCGGUGGACGGCGGCGGCAACUGGACGGAGCACUCCGUCGUGGGCGCGACGCAGCCGUGGCGGGACAUCUCGGUGAGCGCCGACGGGACCAGGCUGAUCGCCGCCGCCGCGACCGGCGGCCUCUGGGUCAGCGGGGACGCCGGCCAGAGCUGGACGGAGGGAGAGGCGGGGUCGGGCCUCAGCUGGAUGGCCGUCGCCGCGCGCGCGGACGGCUCGGAGUACGCGGCGGGCGCGUGGGACGGCGGCAUCUGGGUCGGCGAGGCCACGGUGUCCUGCGUGGCCACCGAUCCGCCCACGGCCGCGCCGACGACGCCCGAGCCGAGCGCCGAGCCUACGAGCGAGCCCACGGCCGGGCCGACGCCGCGACCGACGGCCGCGCCGACCGGUGAGCCAUCAGCCGGGCCGACGCCGGUGCCGACCACGGCGGAGCCGACGGGCCUGGACACGACCCGCUGCAUCGCGAGCAUUCCGACGGGUUGGCCUCAUGAGGGUCAGACCUACUGCUGCCCGGCCGGGACCACGCGCUACGGCGACGGGAGCGCGUGUUGUCCGGGCGGCUCGAUGGGAUCAGCGUCCUGCUCGGGAACAGGUUGCGCCAUCUACGGCAACGCAGGACUGGACCGGUGCGACGGCAUCACGCAUUUCCCGACAUCCGCGCCCACGGUCGAGCCGUUCUGCACGAUGAUCGGCAAAAUGGAUUACGCGACCUGCCAGGCCCAGUGCGCUGCGGGCGGCAUGAUGAUGCCGUGCCUCAAGUCGGCCGAGGACGAAGCGGCGCUCGCGGACGCGUACAAUGGCACUCUAAGCGUUUGGAUUGCACUGGACGACUUGGAGACGCAAGGUACGUACGAAUGGCAGGAGACGUGCGAUUCGGACCUGGUCCUGCAUACGAACUGGCUCAGCGGUCAGCCGAACCACGCCGAUCAAAGAUGCGUCGGCCACAUCAACGACGGCUGGGGCGAUUGGGAUUGUAACGACUCGUCUACCGUCGAUUGCUGCUGCCAGCCAAAGCCGCCGACGGCCGAGCCCACAUCCGAGCCAACGCCGCGACCGACGGCCGCGCCGACUCCAGCGCCAACCACGACGUCGACGACGGUGGGCGGGCCGACGAGCCCGGCUUGCACGAUGACUCUACCGGCGUCGGGCUCCGUGUAUGUCGGCAAUGGGCAAACGUUGUGUCUCACUGCCCCGAAUGCAGCAAACGGGUACACCAACCCCUGGAGCGGUUCUCUUACGGUCGGACCCGGGGGUAACGUGGUCGUUUGCGGCAGCGGAAACUUCAAGAUUUGGGGCUCUGCGACUAUUCAACCCGCCUCCGGGGGGCUUCCCGCCGCGGGGUACUACCGCACGCCAAGUACCAAAAUCAAGAUCAAUAAUAACAACCUUGCUGGUACCACCAGCAACAGCUGGUCGAACUGCUAA